AAUGGUGGUCGUCUCAGGAAGCGAAGGUUAGUUGGGCAUUGUAACAGAUGAGAGACGACAGAGGAGUGGUGCAGAGGAAGAGAAGCAGAGACAAUGCUCCAGUUUGGUCUCCACAAGCGUCUUCAACAUGCCUGAUUAUCUAGAUAAGAGUGUUCAACACGAUCUGAUCAGCUAUACCAACUGCUUUCUGGACAAGAGCACAAUGGACAGGAGCUCGAGAAACAAAAGCAAGAUUAGUAGGCCCAAAAUUAACAAGAACAACAGCCAGAUAAAUAAGGCCAUGGCCUGGCUCUACAGUAAAUUUCAUUUCACAUAUAAUGGCACCAAUCGAUCCUCAGAUUCGAAUCGCAAGAAGAACUCUUCGUCUUUCUUUCACAAGAUCUUGAAGUUCCAUCCCAUUUUUUUCCUCUUUCCCUUGAUUUUAAUAGCCAAAUUUUGUCUUUUGAAUACACUCACUUUAAUGAAGCAUCUCAACAUUGCUAAUGAUUUCGAAUUUAUAAACAAUAUAAAUAAUAUUAAUAAUGGCUUUCAGUUUAAUUUCUCUCUAAUAGUCAUAUUUGUAUUGAUUUUGUUUGGUUCAAAUUUCAUCAGUUCAAAGAAAAAUUUUAACAUUUUUAUCUCAAUUUUAUUUUUAAUAUCCCUUGUUAUAACUAACUUAACUAACAAUAAUAUCAUCAGUGAUAACAAGUAUAAUAUAAAUCUGUAUUUACAUGAUCUAGUUAAAAAAAUCAUUUAUAAAGACUAUAGCAAUUUUUCAUUUUGGAAUUUUGCUUCCAAUUACAUUUCCAACUACAAUUACAAGCUAUUUAAUUACAAUUUUAGUAAUCAUUCAAAAUCACUAAAAGUAUUUUUACUAAUACUUACAAUAACUUCUUUAAUAACUUAUACACUGAUUUUUUACUUGGAGUUAUCAAAUUCAAACAACUCUUCAUUCAAUGAUUUCAUAAUUCAAGAUGAAUUUAUAGAAAAUUGUUUAAUUGAAAAUAAAAAGAAAAUCAAGAAAAUCAAUAAAAAACAAAAGCCGAAUAAUUUAAAAUAAUAAUAAUAAUUAAAAAGAAAAUAAUAAUUAUAAUAAUUAUAAUAAAUGAUAUUAUACUAAUAAAACGAACGUAUUGUGUUAAUCUCAAUCCCA